AUGAUAAACAUGAUGUAAGCUAUAUUGGAAAUAAUUUAGUGUUAGAGAGUAUUCAGGAUUCUAUUAUUGUGUUACGAAUGAAAGAAAAUUGAAUAAUCGAAAUUUUAAUAAUAUUAGAAAUGUUGCAUUAUAAAAUUUAAUAAAUCGUUAGUCAAAAAUGUUAAUAAAAGAACAAUAAGAAUAUAAGUUAAAAGUUAUUGAAGAUAGAAUGGAGUAAUUAGAAACAACUCUAUUAAGGAAGGUCAAUCAUUUAGAGGAUAGGAUUAGGUCAUUUAAUUAGAAAUUUGAAAGAAUUGAUGAAUUAGGAGAUAGAGUUAAUGAUUUACAUUCAUUGUUUGAUAAGCUAAAAGAGAAUUUUGACACAAAGUUGAUGUUGUAAGAGGAUAAAAUAUCAAAAGCAAAUUACAAUAUAAAUAAAUUAAAAUCGGAAGAUUUCUAACAAUUAUACAAUUUAGUUAAAAAAGCAUUCAAUACUACAAAAGAUUUGUCUUUAGAAAUGUAAAACAUAAAGACGAAAGAUAUACGACAAUCUGAAGUUUUAUUCAAAUAGGAACUGAAACAAUCUAAUAUAUUAGGAGAAAGAUUAUAAUCUCCACUUUUACACUAGAGAAUGGAUAGUUAUUAAAAAAGUGAUAGAAUGAGAUCAAUAACAUUGGAGAAGGAUAAGGGUUAAGAAUAGAAGGUGAAAUUCGAAAAUGAAGAUUUGGAGUUGAAUAAACUAAAUUAAAAGGGCAUCUUUAAAAAUGAUACUUAAAAGUUGAUAGAUAAAUAUUAAUUCACAUUGUAGACGAAAUUGUAAAAUGAGAGUAUGUAUUAGUUUAAUAAUUAGAUAUUCAGAAAUUGAGUAAUACAAAGCUUGAAGUAUAAAACAGUGAGCAAUGUAAGAUAUUGACUUAAUAGUAAUAAUCACUAUUAGAGAGAACAAUAUCUUAAGAUCAUAUUCCGAGAUCAAAAUACUUAAAUAGUACAAAUUAAAUUAAAGAAUAACUGAAAAACUUAAGGAAAUGA